AUGCCCUCGUUCAACAGGAAGCGGGAGUGGGAGGGCGAACGAGAUGGUGCCAGACCGAACAAGAAAAGCACUGCCUCUGCCUCGACUGCUAAACCCGCUUCCGCCUCCAACAACCCCGGCCCUCCAGUGUUGAUCGGCCCCUAUGAUGGUCAUAGGAGGUACGACGAAUGGAAGGGACAGAUGUACGGCUUCCCGAGGGUUAUACCGGGUAGUGGUGCAAUGUUUCCGACCAACUACCAAAUCAACUUCAACAAUUCACAUCCAUGGGAGUGCCCCCUCAGGGCGCAUCGCAAAUUGCUUUUAUACGACGAAGUUUACCGCGGUUUCUUCUGGGCCAUCGGAGAGCGAAAGACUCCAGAUAAAGACGGCAAGUUUCGCUCUAUUGUGGUCAAGAGGGGCUACUUCGAGCCGGACAGCGAGCGCACACGUGAUGAUGUUCGACAGCCACCGGAGAACUGGGAAUCCAAGGUCAACCCGAUGGCUGUCAAGGAUGUCAAGCUGCCCAACAUGUCGCAGCCUGCAGUAGCUCCUGCCGCCCCUUCUACCGCCCCUUCCACUGCCGCUCCAUCUCCUGUCACCUCUUUCCAGACAACACCCACUACAGCAUCUAUGUCUAGACCUUCGGCUGUCACGGCGCCUGCUACACCCCGCUCUAGUGCUGCCAACCCGAUAGCAGUUCGCCCUCUUUCGGCGCCCGGCGCUUCCUCUGCUGCACUGCUGGCCAUUCGUCGUACAGCUCCCGGUGCCGCACUUGUUGGCCGUCCCACCGGCAACUCCGUCCAUGAGGUUGUCGAUAUUAGUAGCGACGAAGAGGACGUGAAGCCCAUUCUGCCGGGCACUCCAGUCAAGAACAAAACCUUCAAUGAUGCGAUGUCUCAAAGGGGAAAAGCAAGGACUGAGAUUGAGGGCGCAAGAUCUACUACCAGGGGGCAAGACAGUAGGAAUGAUCUUAUGGAUGACGACGAUUUCAACCCCUUUGACGUUGAUCCCCUCGAAUUUUUACCCCGCAAAAUGCCUGGUCUCAAUGGAGGCAUUACCCAGCAGCACUCUGGUAGUACACAACAACCCAUCUCAGAUCAGCCCAGCGCACAGCCCACCAAUAACAUUCCUGAUAUGUCAAUUCGCGGAGCCAACUCAGACUGCCCAGAGAUCUGGAAGUAUAUGCUGGAGUUCCUUCAGCCUGGCACACAAAUUCCAGAUGAUGCUGCAAUUACCGAGCUGCUGACUCUUCAGAAACGCCGAGACCUUCCAGAAGCAUGGAAGUUCAGGCUCGCAGCCUUCACGAAGCACGAUCUGAAGACAUACACGUCGGUAAUCCUGUAUCUUGGAGGAACUGAGGCUGUCACAAGCCCAUGUAGCGUGAUGGGGUGUGCCCAUAGCGAACAAGCAGCUGAGUACGCCGCGUCAUUGCAGCGAGAUGGUUCUGGAUUUCAGGAUCGCGUGUUCGUCAAGUAUGCAUUUCCAAAAUGCGUUUUCUUGCCGCGACACCUUCUCGACUCCGUGCCUCUUGCCAAGAGACUGAAGCACAGAAUUUGCGCCAACAGCUAUUAUCGCAAGCAAUCACCGAAUGACGAAAUUCAGAACACCAAAGAACAAGCGUUAGAAGCACUGGUGAGGGUUGGUAGGACGACACCAAGAUCCCACAUGGCUCAGUCCUCGUCAGCAAAUGUUCUUCAGAUUAUUACUCCGGUGGCUUUUUCGACGACGAAGUCAGACCCCCAUAAUGUCGAGGCACAGAAGGAAACGCAAAGCUCGGGUGGCAACGAGGCAGACACUCAAGAGGACUCCUUCCAAGACAACCCCGUUCUUUCCAAGGACCCCGCCAGGCCGGUACAUGAUCACAAUGGGAGCACACGGCAGACGAUGAACCGCCAGUUCCCUGAAAUCAGACCUAGCAUGUCGGAGCAGUCUCAGCGAUCUGUGAGCUCGGAUAUCUGGGCCUACAUCACCCAAUUUGCCAGGACCCCUACGCCCCGUCCUGAUGAUGAAGCAAUCACCGAGCUACUCAAACUGCCUAGGCGCCGAGAUAUUCCUGGUUACUGGCGGCGCCAACUCAGUGUCUUCAAUACCCUCAGUCUUCAUCAACUCACAGCAGUUAUCUGGUACCUUGGUGGAGACGCCUCGCUGCCGAAAGGGGCAGUGCGACCUACUUACAUUGACGAAAUCACCGCUACCAACUCAUAUGCAAUUGGGAACACCAUGCGGGAGAGUACCACUCUGGCAAUCUUAUUUUCGAAUCUUGCCAUCCACGACAAGCCCAGAGCAACCCAUCAACAACAACAACAACCCAAGCAAGCCUCUACAACAUCACAGAGGCCAUCAGGAAUAUUUAGCAUCCCUGAGAACACCCCGGGCCAAAUGUUCUCUCUUAAGGGCACGGACACGAGAAUCAUCCAGUCGUCCAGAAACCAAAUUCUGAAGUGCAAGGUACUAGCAGGCGAUGGCAUCAAGUGGCAGAUCGUUGGAGGCAAAGAGUUCAAGGCAUACAAGAGCUGGAUCGAUGAGUGGGAAAUCCCUCCUGACUCUCAGUGUCUCGUCAAGAACAUCCACCCCAAGAGGUCGUUUGGGGAGGAUCAGACGUGCAUUGAUGUCAAUCCCAAGAAAGGGGUGGUGAAAGCGGCUCAAAAUUAG